UCCUGGAGGAGAUCUGCAGCCUGGGCCGGGACCCCAAGUACAUCUGUCAGAAGCCCUCCAUGCAGAAGGCAGACGGGACGGCCGCCGCCCCCCCCCCGCGCUCCCCCCACGCCGCAGAGGAAGCCUCCAGCGAGGAUGAGGAGGAGGAAGAGGUGCAGGCCAUGCAGAGCUUCAGUGCCACGCAGCAGAGCGAGGCUGAGCCCGGGCAGCAGGUGGUGGGCACCGAGGAGCGAAUCCCCAUCCCGCUCAUGGAUUACAUCCUCAAUGUGGUGAGUUGGGGGGGGGGCUUGCUUUUUUGGAGGAAAAUGGGGGGGAUUGAAGGGUUUUGGAAGCCCUCAGUUGCUUUUGGGGGGUAAUUGAGGGAACUGAAGGUUUUUGGAACCCCUUAAUUGUUUUUUUGGGAGGUAAUUCGGAGAAAAUUCCGUGGUUUUGGAACCCCUUGAGUGCUUUUUUGAGGGAGAAUGGGGAGAAUUUGAGAGUUUUGGAAGCCCUCAAUUGCUUUUUGGGGGACAAUUUGGGGGAAAUUCCAUGGUUUUGGAACCCCUUGUCCUGUUUUGGGAGGUAAUUUAGGGGGAAUGAAGGAUUUGGGAACCCCUUGAC